UUUUGUUUUUGUCUCUGCAUUUUCUGAGAGUGAAGAAAUGACUUUAAGUGGGAAAGUGGAGGCUGAAGUAGACAUCAAAGCAUCUGCAGAUAAGUUCUUCCAUGUUUUUCGAAAGCAACUUCAGCAUCUUCCUAAUAUCUCCUCAGAAAGGAUACAUUCAGCUGUACUUCAUGAAGGUGACUGGGAAAAUGAUGAUGCUGUAAAACACUGGGAGUUUUCCAUAGAAGGAAAGAAGACAAGUGCUAAGGAGAAAAUUGAAGUUGUAGACGAUGAUAACAAGACAAUAACAUUCAGCGUCUUUGAUGGAGAAAUUGGUGAGAGUUACAAGAGUUUAAGGGCCACACUGCAAACAAUCGAUAAGGAGAAUGGGGGGAUUGUGAAAUGGACCUACGAAUAUGAAAAACUAUCAGAGAAUAUUAGAGGUCCAUCUCCUGAAUCAAUCUUGGACUUUGCUGUUUUCGUCACUAAAGAUAUUGAUGAUCAUCUGGGCAAGGCAUAAAAUCAGAAAGAAGCCACAUGGUAGUGGGUUUGGCUAAUGCUUAUUAAUAAGUUUGGUAUGUAAUAAUGCUAUAUAAUAUAUAU